AUGAUAAAUACCCAAAGAUCCAGUGAAGGAUUAGUGAACAAUACAAUUAUAGGUCCUUUUAAUUAAAUUGAAUCAAAAAACAUACAAACUUACAUCAAAAGGGAUUCUUCCAAGGAUUCCAUUUUGUCGCAAGAAAUAGAACAAAUUGAUAGAUAGGUUUAGUAAAUAAAUAUUUUAGUCAAAUUAAAGCUAUAGAUAAAUAAAUAUAUAUACUUCAACAAAGUAACCUGAAAAACAUUUUCCUGAAAAUAUUUUUUUGAAAUUUAAAGAAUAGAAACCAGCAAAUUCUUAAACAAACUUAUUAAAGGCUAUGAAGAAAACAUAAAACGUUGAAAAAUUCAAAAACAAUUUAUUUGCUAGUGCAUAUAUUCUAAAAAAUGAUCAGAAAUAAUUACCUUUUUUUUAGAACGAUUGCUUACUAGAAAAAAAUAACAAUUACAAUCAACAAAUUUCAUCAUCAAAUAAAAAGGUGUUUGUAUAAUGGAUUUAGAAAACUAUAUAAUUUUAGGCGAACUUUAGAUUUUUAUAAACUAUAUAAGGUGUGUGCCUAACUUUGUUUAAUGUUAUUUUUUAACGAUAUAAGUUAAUUAAUACAAUUUGGCAGAUUUGUUCUUUUUUAUUUUAGUUAUUACAAUUGUGGUAUUGUCCAUUCAUAAUUUCAUUUGGAAAUUAUGAACAUUUUUUAAAAGGCAUAGAAAUUGUUUUUUUUAUGUUCAUUUUAUUGGAUGCUUUAAUUACAAAUUUAAGUUAAUUGUCUUAAUAUAAAGAUUCAACAUCUGUUGAUCCAAACUUACGAUAUUAAAACUUAUCUUUUAUAAAUAUAUUCUUUGAGUGUUUAUUAUGGAUUUUUAUUUAUUUAGAAUUAUUUAAAAUUGCAUUUCUCAAAGAAAUUAUAGGUGUAAUAUUGAUAUCGAUUAUUUGCAAAGAUAUUAUGGGAAAAUAUGAAAGUUAGUUAGAAUAACUUUACUUAAAAGGAGUAAAUUUAAAUCUUUUAGAUUUAAUAUCUCUCUUUGUAUCUAUUACAUUUUUUGUUCAUUUAAUUGCAUGCUUAUGGCAUUAUAUAGGAGAUAUUACUUAUGAUAAUUAUGGUUCAUGGUUAGAAAAAGAAGAAUUAAUUUAUCAAAAUAUUUGGAUAAAAUACAAUUAUUCAUUCUACUGGUCAACCACUACUAUUGCAACGGUAGGAUAUGGUGAUAUAACUCCUAAAAAUUAAGUUGAAAUUAUUUUUUCAAUUAUUGUUAUGCUACUUUCCAGUUGUUUAUUCGCAUAUUCAAUUAAUGAAAUAGGAAUGACAGUUAAAAGUAUUAAUGAAUAAAAAACAAAAUAUAAGUAUAUAAAAUCCAUAUAAUAAGACGAAAUUUAAUAUUAUUGAAUUCUUAUAUGGAAAAACAAUUUGUAGAACAUUCUUUAUAAUAAAGAGUUAGAAACUAUUAUAAAUAUAAUAAUGAAAAAGAAAUUUAGGAUAGCAAUCUAGAAACUUUAAAAUUAUUAAAAGAAUUACCUAUCGGAUUAUUCAAUGAGUUGAAUUAAGAUAUUAGAAAUAAAAUUAUUAAAAAAAUCCAUAUAUUUUAAAAUAACUUUUCUGAAAUCUGUAAUGGAUUAAUAUCCAAAUAAUUAAUUUAAAUGAAAGUUACUCCUAAAGAUAUUAUUUAUCAUUUAGAUGAAAAAUCGGAUAAAAAUUUGUAAAAAGUUGUUUAAUAUAGGUAUUAUAUUGUUGAGGGUCAAGUAAAUAUUAUAGAAGAAAAAAGUUAAAAAAUUUUAAAAAUUUUGAAACCAGGAGAUAUUUUUGGGGAAUUCCAAUUUUUUACUGGAUAGAAUACAAUAGAAUCGGCCAUUAGCAAUUCGUUUACAGAAUUAUAUAAAAUUGAUAGAGAUGUAGUUUUAAGAAUAAUUAAACAAAAUAGUAAAGACUUUUAAAGAUUUCAUAAAAUCAAAGAUUCAAUUAUAUUCAGAGAGGAUUACACGCUUUUAAAAUAAAUUUGUUAAAUAUGUAAAAGCACUUCUCACCUUUCAAUAAAAUGCCCAUUGAUUUAAUACUAUCCAAAUAUUUAUAUCAAAAUCUUAAAAAGUAAUUUUAGCAGAAAAAACAAUCGAAAUAAUUUUGUAAGAAAAAUUUAUAAAUUUCGUGCUCUUUCUGAGAUUGAUGAAGUAUAAAAUUAAGCAUUAGAGUUUUAAGAUGAUUAAAGCUUUACUUAACGAUAUGGUUAAUCAGAAUUUGAGAGUUUUAAAGAAAAAAUUUCAGAAACUAAUUCAGUCAAAUUUGAAGAAGAACAAAUUGUUUAUCCAAUUUUUAAGUCCAAUUUAUCAAUCAAAAAAAAUAUGAAAAAUUCAUAAAAUAAGAAUUAAUAGAUUCAAGGUUAAUCAAUCACAUAAAUAAGUUCCAAAAAACAAUCAGUAAUUUAAAAUUAAAGAAAAUCUUUUUAUAAAUAAUAAGAAAACUCAUAAAUAAGGUUAUAAUUAUAAUUUUUAAGAGAAAGUUAUUUCUCUUAUACACUUGAUGACUUUGAUAAAGUAUAGAAUUAUCCCGAAUAUUUUCCUCAUCAUAAUAUUUAAUAAAUUUAGAAAAUGCUAAUUCUUAAAUAAUUGAAUUAAAAAUUCCCUCCAAAGCAAUGGAAAAUUAGAAAAGGAAGAUCCUACUGCAAUCAAUGA